AUGAUUGAUGAUCAAGAUCUGGGUUUCUUUGCCAAUUUUCUUGGCGUCUUCAUCUUUGUACUGGUGGUAGCAUACCAUUUUGUCAUGGCUGACCCAAAGUUCGAAGGAAACUAGGAAUUUGAGUUCAAGAUGUAAUUUUUAUGUUGUAGACCGGGAUGCUUUGCAAAUGGAAAUCAAUUUGGUGUAAUCAAGGACUCGGAUUUGGGAAUGUGAAUGUUAGCUUACUACUGAAACUUUUAUAAGCAUCA